AAUUUCUAUAAAGGAGAGAAUGUGAAUGCCCCAGAUUCGAAGAGGAAAGUGAAGAAAGAACAAAGGAGUUGAUUACUCUUCAUUGAAAGUGAGCUUGUGCACAGGCAAAAUGCUGGCAGAUACAAGUGCGGCAGCUCUUUUUAUGUACAGGCGAUGUUUUUACAAGGCAUUUUCCUCCAGGAAAAGCCUCAAGUCUUCUUUACGGUACAGGAGGAGCUGCUGGAUGUCCCAAGUGAGAGCUAAAAGCUCUAGCAACGGAAAUCAGCGCAAAACUUUGGUAAUUCUAGGCACAGGCUGGAGCGGCUACAGUGUGCUGAAAAACAUUGACAAGAAGAUUUAUGAUGUGAUUGUCGUGAGCCCAAGGAACCAUUUCCUGUUUACCCCUUUGCUAUGUAGUACCACUGUGGGCACGCUGGAGUUCAGAUCCAUCAUUGAACCAGUGAGGAACACAGGGUUUCGGCAGUCCGCUCACUUCCAUCUGUCGUAUGUGACCCAAGUAGACACUGAACAGCAGCAGAUAGCUUGUACCAGUGUCCUGCAGCCAGAUUUACAGUACAAUCUCCCGUUUGACAAACUGGUUAUUGGGGUUGGUGCUCUCACCAACACUUUUGGAGUCCCUGGGGUGAAUGAGAACGCCUUUUUCCUCAAAGAAAUUGCAGACGCUCGUCGGAUCCGCAACAGGAUUUUGAGCAACUUUGAGCUGUCCGUCCAGCCCAGAAUCGAUGAUGAAGAAAGCAAACGCCUUCUACACAUUGUCAUUGUCGGGGGAGGGCCUACUGGCGUUGAGUUUGGUGCUGAGCUCUAUGACUUUGUUGAGCAGGAUGUGGCAAGAUUUUAUAAGCAAAAACAGGACCAAGUUCAAGUGACUCUUGUGGAGUCGAAUCAAAUCCUCUCUUCAUUUGAUGCAAGACUGCAGGCAUAUGCUGAGAAGAAGAUUCAACAGCGUAAAGGAUUUAAGCUGGUCCAGUCAUCUGUAACAGAGGUGAGCCCCACGAGUGUGACGCUCAAAGAUGGCUCAGUGAUACCUUGUGGUCUGGUGGUGUGGAGUACAGGUCUGUCACCCAGAGACCUCACACGCUCGCUUGAUGUCAAGAAGAACAAAGCUGGUCAGAUUUUGACGGAUCGUUUCUUGAGAGUGAAGAAUGACGAGAGUGGAAAUAUCUUUGCCAUCGGGGACUGUGCUGACAUUGAGGAAAUGUCUCUGCCCUGCACGGCACAGGUUGCUGAGAGGCAAGGUCGGUAUGUGUCCAAGUUCUUGAAUUCUGGCUGUGAUGAGGACAAGACGGGGCCAUUCAAGUUUGAGAGUAUGGGCAUGCUAGCCUACAUCGGGAGAUACGAAGGCCUGAGCGACACUCCGAAUCUCAAAAUUAAAGGCGUCCCAUCCUGGUUUUUGUGGCGCUCUGCUUACCUGACACAACUCGGAAACUGGCGCCUCAGAAUGCAAGUUCCUCUGGACUGGACCAAGACGAUUCUGUUUGGCCGUGACAUCUCCAGAUUUGAGUAGUUUGGGAGUGCGAAAGUUUUCUUUUUUCUUUCAUUGCUGAUAUAGAUGUCAAGUUUGACAGUGACUGAGCAUGACGUAUAAUUGUGUCUGUAUUGCUUUUGCUUCAGGGGUGAAAGUGGGCAGCCUUCAUUUGGCCUGAACGUAUUGACUUGGACAGUCUGCCUGGCCUGCCAGGUUUUCCUACCCACAAGACAGAGACUUCCAUUAUACUGACUUCUAUUUUAAAGGAGCUGCAAUGCAACAUGUAAAAAGCAUUUAACCCUCUUAGCGCGUGAUGAAAUAUUUUUCGCAUUUGGUUACGUUGUAAAAAGUAAUAGACGAAUAGGUUUUGACAUAUAGUUGACAUUUCACCUUCUCCAGAUUUUAUUUAAACAGAUAAACCCAUAUAAGUAUAUAUUUCCUGAAAGGUAAUUGAACAAGAAUUGCAAUAAAGGUGUUAUUUUAUUAACUCACUGCCGGGCAUUUCUCAGCUGGACAACUGAGGAAUGCCAGGCUUUAUGGACCUUUUUCAAAACUUCACUGUGAGCUUAUUAUUAUGAGUACAGCAUUGAAAUUUUCCACAAACAAUGACAUUGAAACAUACUAAACAAAUCAGAAAAAAAUUUUUGUGAUACAUUUAAUGAAUGAAAUGAGUGUCGCGCACUUCAAGGCAACGAGGCUACCUUUCCGUUUGUAGACAACUUCUCCUUUCUGAAUGGGCUGCUUUAUGAGUUGUUUUGGCAGUCCUUUUCUGUUGGCGAGGACAGUGCCAAUUAGCAUGGUGUUUCUUGCGACGAGUUGUGAUGCGAGAAGAGGGGAAGUAUAAUAAUUAUUGGCAUAUAAAUGGUAUCCCUUGUCCAGGAGAGGAUCGACGAUUCUCAUACACUCAUCAUGAGUCUUGUUUGAAAGGUGGGCCUCCAUGGCGUAGAUCUCAAAAGAGUAGACGUAGGCACUGUUACUGUCAGUGAGCAUAUACAGCUUGAUUCCCCUGGAGACAGGUUUAUCUUUUAUGUAGAUUUUGAAGCGAAGUUUACCUCGCCACCCACAUAUGGCCUCAUCGAUGGCCAGGUUCUUGUCAGGGGUAAAGAGAGUUGGGAAAACUGUUCUCAGGUGAUCGUAGAAUGGCCUAAUCUUGAAGAGAGGAUCAUGUCCUUCCUGACCUGGGGCAACGUAUCUGUCAUUGUCGUUUAGAUGGAACAUUGCGAGGAUGUUCUGGAAGCGAUUUCACGCAUGAUCUUACUGGCAAAAGGGCUGUGAAGAAUGCCCCUCUGACUCCAACAGUCCUCUAUUUGGUGUUUGGGGACAAGGGACAUAUGAAGGAGGAGAAGCAGGAAGCCUUGGAUCUCAAGCUCUGUCACGGGUUUCCAGUCACUCAGACGACUGUUCUCUUUGAGGUCUCCACUGUCUCUCCGAGCUGAGAUGGUUUGACGGGCAAAUCUAUUAGUGUCCGUUUUGAAAUAUUUCACGAUGUUAGGCGUGAUGAAAAGUUCAUAUAUGGACUUGGGGGUGUUGACUUGUUCCACAUCAAACUGUAAACCAGGUACAGCUGUGAAAUUUCAGUGAAUGAGUUAAUAUAUUGAUCCAGGGAGAUAACAAGGUCUUUCAAGGGAGUUUUUUAAAAAAAUGUGCCGAACAUGAAAAAAUUAAUAUAUAUGAAAAACGAAAAAAAAUUUUAAAAAUUGUUUUUAAUGAAAGCAGCUCCAAGUUUUGCUCUUUUAGAAAAAUUGAAUCGUGGGCUCUUAGCUAAACAAACAGAAAAAAACAAGUUUCUAUUCACAUUACAGUAAUUUGUGGUCCCGGUGGUAUGGCAUGAAACAUUCUGGACACAGGCCAACAUCACAGGAGGGGCACUAAUAGGCAGAUCUAAUUCUCUUUGGUUGUUUGUUGACCCAGUCUCUUUUCUUCCCCACAGGCAGUUUCUUUAAGGUGCAUGUAGAAGCCACUGACUGCACAUCUGUGGCAGGGGGGUUGAUCUGUCCCCGUCGUUUUAUGCAAGAAAAAUUCUGAAAUUAUGCAAAACUGAGCCCAAAAAUGAGAAAUUAUGCGAUUCUGUUAAUUUUAAAAAAGAGCGAUAAAGGAAUA